GUUCCAGAAUAUGACAUCACUAUUACCGUGACUGACAGGGGCAACCCGCCGUUAUCUGAUAAUGAAACUAUAACUUUAGAGCUACUGGACGUUAAUGACAAUGUUCCUCAGUUCCCACAGACAUUCUACACGAUACCUGUUAUGGAGAAUAACGCGCCUGGAGCUUCACUGAGCUCUUUAACUGCUAUAGACCCAGAUCUCCACGAAAAUCAGUAUCUAGUUUAUUUUAUAAUAGAGAAGGAAAUAGCGAACACCUCCAUGUCCAUGCUGUUCUCCAUUAACCCAGAGAACGGCAAUCUUUACGCGCUUAAGACGUUUGACUAUGAGAUAGAGAAGGAGUUUCUUUUCCACAUCGAGGCCAGAGACUCUGGUGUUCCUCCGCUCAGCAGUAACGUGACCGUUCACAUUAUUAUCAUGGAUCAGAACGACAACACACCGCUUAUAGUGUCUCCGUGGCGCGCGCACGGUUCGGAGGUGAAGGAAAAGAUCCCGAGAUCCACCGAUAAAGGAACUCUGAUAGCCAAAGUCAUCGCCAUAGACUCUGAUUCAGUGCACAACUCUCGAAUCACGUACCAGUUCCUCCAGAACACCGACGCCACAUUAUUCAGCUUGGAUCAAUACAACGGAGAGAUCCGGACCAUGAGAAUGUUCAGUUACAGAGACUCGCGAGACCAGCGUCUGGUGGUGAUCGCCAAGGACAACGGAGAGCCCGCGCUCUCUGCUACAGUCACCAUCAAACUGUCCACGAUGGAGACCGCCCUUAAAACCUACACUGAGGUGCCUUUGGAAUAUGACAUCUUCUCCGAUUUGAACCUGUAUCUGGUGAUCGGACUGGGCUCUGUGUCAUUUCUUUUACUCAUCACUAUACUGGUCACCAUCGUGCUGAAGUGUCAGAAAGCGAAGCCCAGCAAAGCGGCUCCUCCGUGCAGGAACAGUGUGAUCAGCGAGAGGAACUCGACCAUCGCGGAUUCCACUCUGGUCUCCAACGAUGCCUACUGGUACAGUUUAUUUCUAGCAGAGACGAGGAAAGGAAAGCUGGUGGUCAGACAGCCUGUGCCAAAGGGAGCGAGAUACAUCGUGUCCAGUAUACCGAGGAGCACAGGACUGACCGAGACCAGCGACUCAGCUGCAUCUACUCUACAGUACUCAAAAUGAACGAGGUCCCUUCUCCCGCUGGAGGCAUCCACCACCACCAGCAGCAGUUCCACCUGAGGACCAUCCCCGGCGUUACUGCUGGAGAACACAUUCCAUCAACCUGCAUGUCUGUUCACCUGCAUCAAUUACAUCCACCUGCACCAUUCUACAGAGAUGGAACGAACCCUGAAUGAUGCCUUCAUCUUCACGUCAGUGUUUGGAGAGUUUUGCCCUCGCUUUUCCCAACAAGCCCAUGGACGAUCUUACCAGAGGAAUGACAAAGAUGAGAUACUCUUACACUUGAGCGGUCAGGAUUGGACUUUGACUGGGUCUGUGAACACACACACACACACACACACACACACACGUUUGUUUUUGUGAAUUGUGGGGACAUUCCAUAGGCGUAAUGGUUUUUAUACUGUAACGUAUUUUCUAUCCCCCUACACUACUAAACCUACCCAUCACAGGUAACUGGCACAUUUUUGCUUUCUCAAAAAAACUCAUUCUGUAUGAUUUAUAAGCCUUUUGAAAAAUGGGGACAUGGGGUAAUGUCCUCAUAAGUCACUCUCUCCUUGUAAAACCUAUGUCAUACCCAUGUCAUUAUACAAAUUUGUGUCCUGAUGUCACAAAAACACGCACGCACACACACACACACACACACACACACACACACACACACACACACACACACACACACACACACACGCAUGCAUAUCUUCAAACAGCACAGCUCAUGUCUUUAUCAAAGAAACUUUUCUGCAAAACCAGUGUGCUUGUGUUUGCAUGGUUAAAGCUCCAUGUUAGAUCUUCAUUAUGUAUAUAGUGACUAUAGUGACAAUGGAGAGAGAAAUUAUUACCAGAAUAUUCUCACAUGAUCUGACGUGGACACUGAUUGCAAAAAAUCCCAUUUUUAAUCUGUAGAUUUGUCUUUUUUUCUAGUAGAAAUAUCUAAAUAUCCUUGAAAUAAGAUUAAAUUGCCUAAUAAGCAAAUCUUUUAAAGUGUAAACCUCGCUAAAUUUACAAAACACAAGGGAAAAAAGACUGAAAAUGACAUUACAAAAUAUUUAUAUUGGACAUACAUGUUCUGAAGUGCAAUUAAUCUCAUGCAUUUUGCUUCUCAUGUAAAUAUAUCUGGUUUCAUGCAUGUUUAGAUAUUUUUACUGAAAAAAAAAAAAAAAAAAAAGAUUAAUGGGAUGUUAUUUUCGCAAUGUGAGAGAUACUGUACAAGCACAAAGAGGAUUCAGAUGAUGCAGACCUGUGGAGAGAUUUCGCGCUAGACUAAGUUUGGACAUUGAAAGCUUCUCUUUCCCUACAACAGAUGUAUAAAGCAUUUCUUAUGUGUUUUCUUGGAUCUCAUAAAGACUUCUAUCAGAAUAAUAGAAGUGUAUUCAGAAUAGGUCACAGCAAAAUUGAUUUGUUGUGCCUUAUAGUCUUUGCUCUUCUCUGUAAUGUUGUAUUAUGCCAGUGUUGCUGUUUGUGUCAGUAUUUUGAGUUUCAGUUUGUAAAGAAUCAAGUUGAAUCAAAGCACUGAUCUGACAAAGAACGUGUAGAGAACGGAGAACCGUUGUUAUUAUGAUCUCUCCUGAAUCUGAUAUGAUUUUCUAUGAGUGUAGUGAAGGCUGUAAAAUAACCAUGACUGCUUUCUCUGUGUUGAAGGAUCUAAGGAUCUGUUUCGGUAUGUGUGUGUGUAGCUUUAAGAGAGCAACCAUACAUUUUAUUUUCUUCUUUUAGUUUUAUUAUCAUGUAUAACCAUUAACCAUUUAUCAAAUUUCUCAUUUGAUUAUGCCAUUUAUCAUUUAAUCAUUUGUCAAUUUUAUUAUAUUUUUAUAUUAUUAUUUGCAGUGCUUGCUACUAUUUUUAAUCCUUUGAUUGUGGCAUUUCACGAAUAAGAGAUAAGAGGGAAUAUCGCAAUUUCAAGGUUUUAUGGGAUGAUGUUGUGAAGCAUUUUGGUAUAUAUAUAAACUGUUUUAUUUGUGCUGGUCAGACAAAGAUUAUUCAAUAAACCCUGCUUAUUUCUGCUAAUUCAUGGCUUCCUCUGUCAACCUCUCAGACUUGGGUACCAGACAAAAUACUGAUUUUGUGAAUCAGACAAGACUCCGACUGGUUUUGGAUACCAGACAAAAGAGACUGGAUCCAGUAUUCCUGGCAUGGGGAUCUGAUGUAACCUCGGUGUCUGGUGACAUUCAUAAAUGCACAAACGCAGACACAGCACAGUGAUGUCAUAGUGCAGAGGCAUUUGAAGGUCACAGUCGUUUCUUAAAUGAUGAGACUCAUUAUAGCCAUUCUCUGAUGCCCAAGAUCUCACAUAAAAACACAUUUACUUCUGAGAUGUUAAUUAGUGGGUUACUCCUUUUUGGCAUGUAUAAAAACACCACACUAUUUAAGAGAUGGAGACAGUAAAGAGUUCAGUCAGCCUUCACUAAAUCUUUAAAAUAAGGCUAAAUGUAAAGAGCACUCAAGGUGGAUGACUUAACUUGCUUUAAAACAAGAAAAGAUGACAACUGUUAUUGUUUACUUUUCAUAUUCAUAGGCUAUAUAAUUAUUAUGAUCUAAUAUUAUGGAAUGUGUUUGUUUAAUACUCAUGAAAAUGCUUUGAAAAAAGACAAUUUAGCAUAAUUGUAAAAUUUUCUUUUUUUCAUUUUGUACAUUUUUAUUUUCUAUGUUAAGGUUAUGUAUUAAUAUUUAUGUAUUAAUAUAAACUUUCAUAUUGCUGCUUUUUUGUUGUUAAUGUUUUCUAUUUGCUGUCUAUAUUGCAGAAUAUAUGGACAUCAGUAUUUUAUUUCAGUGAACAAUAUGGUAUUGUUGUUUUUCUGAUAUGUAAUUUAUGAUAAAAUCAUGGUAUAAUCAUAACUUUCUGAGGGUAUGGCAGCUUCCCCAGGCAGGUCAAGAGGUCAGCAUGUCAUGGGGUGAAUUUGGUGACCAACUUGUCAAAGCAAUGCAUCAUUACAAAAUACAUUCUCCUUUUAUUUUCUGUUCUAGAGGAACAAAUGCUGGGUGUUUACAUGUGAUAUUUUAAUAAACAGGAAGUAAUCAUUUCAAGGCUCUUAGCUAGCUGUCUCAGAAAAUGUGGCUAAUUCUCAGACAUGAACAUAGCAUUAUCUGAGAUGAUCAGAGAGAUGCAUUUUUGUGAUGAAAUAUAAAGGUGUUUUUUCUGUGAUUUCAUGUCUGUCAGUGUGAGCAGCUAUAAGUAGGUCACCCAUCUCUCACUGCCCAGAAAAGUGGCUAGAAUUAAUUUACCCAAAAGCCUCAUUUUGUGAUAUAAAAAUGGGCUGUCUAUAUAAAGCGAUCAUCUCUUAUGCCCUCUAGUCCCAUACAAUUCUUCUUCAUUCUCCCUCUGAGCCGUUAUCCGAUUUAUCAAACAUGCAUUUUCUACCAGCAUUUGUGCUCUAAAGCAGACAAAUAGUCUUCCUAAAGCUGAAUGCAUCCAUGAUCUGCCUUGGAGAAACUCACCAGACCCUUUUUGCUCAUAAGUAUCUGCUGAUAUAUUUGUACUGCAUAUUUACAAUAGAUAAAAACAUUGAAAAUAGUAUGUGAUUUCUGUCAUUCUCCAUGUAAUUCAGAACUACAUAAAACAUGAUGGGACUUUGUAAUAUGUUUUAGCUUUUAAAUGACUUAGCCUAUAGCUGAAUUCAGCACAGAUGCAGUGGAGUAUAAAAAUAAAAAACACAUUGUUUGUACAGUA